AUGGACUCCCCUGAUAGCAGCUCUCCCCGCUCGGUGUCUGUGGAGGCCCGGUAUAAAAGACCGCGGUCCAGUAUAGCCUGCAGGCUUUGUCGCGCGCGCAAAGUCCGCUGCGACGCAGCUGUUUCUGGGUCUCCGUGUACAAACUGCAGUCUCGAUCAAGUUCCCUGUGAGAUUGUCCCUGGGAGGCGGCGUCCUCGGAAGCCCUGCGCGCAGUCGCACUUCCAGUCACCACUACCAGAAUACAUCCAGCCCAUUCCCUCCCAUAUCGGCGAAGACGAGCUCACCUACCUCCGUGCAAAGGGCGCACUGCGUUUACACAGCCCGGCUGUCCGCGACAAGUUAUGGCAAAGCUACUUCGAGCUGGUACAUCCCACUCUGCCUGUCCUGGACCGUGCCGCAACGGUCGCAUCGUUGAAGGCUGCAGAGGGCGCAUCCAAGAUCAGUCUUUUGCUGUUCCACUGUGUAAUGCUGAGUGCCCGACUAUUCCUCGAUGCCCACGAAGGCAGGCAUACCAAGCCAGCAGCUCUUCGUGCGAUGUUCGAUCGCGCCCGUGUGUUAUUUGAUAUGGGGUAUGAGACUGAUCGGACCCUUUUGGUUCAGUGUCUGCUUUUGAUGUCUCUAUAUCCGCAGCCAAUUAAUAGCCCAAAGGGCUCACUCAACCUCGUCUCACAGGCAGUUUCGCACGCAUAUGUGCUGGGAUUACAUAGAAACCCGGCGAGAUUCUCAGAGGAUAUUCGUGACAGAAGUCGGCGCAAGCAGCUAUGGUGGAGUUUGUAUAUUCGAGAGCGGAUGGUACUGCUUGACCAUGGGUCGCCGUGGAUUAUCAAUGAGCGAGACCACGAUGUCCCAUUGUUGACACUCGACGACUUCGCCCAUGACCCUUUAUGUAGCGAGAUGAACGCCAAAGACAUAUUUACGCCGGAGCACAAUGCCAGUUACCAGCGAAAGCUGGCGCUUAUGCUCAUCGAACGAUCCAAACUAGCAGUCAUUGUUGGAAAUCUCGCUCCGAUAUCGACCAAUAUUACACAUAAACACGACCAACCCUGGCCAUCUAUCCACCCCGGAGUAUCAGACUGUGAAGAGGUGCUCAAAACCGGCCAACUGCUCGAUAAAUGGGUAGCGAGCCUGCCCAUGGAAGUUGCCUGCCUACAACCGAACAGCUACGCUAACGGAGAGAGCGACAUGAACAGCCUGCUCUCCGUCCACAUCACCUCCCUAAUGCUGCUCUACCACCUCGCCUCAAACCACUGGGCCGUGCUCCGCUGGUUCCAAGUCUCAUCCCCAACUCUAGACGUAUCCGAAUCCGCCAUUAAAACCCUCUGGACAACGACCUGGCCGAUAAUCCACUUAAUCGACAACCCGCCCGCCCAGCAGCCGUUCGCGCAUAUCCAGCUCCUCGCUCCGUCUCUGGUCCGCCCUUUGCUCCUAUGCGCUAUGUUAAGCCGCAGUACCCCGUUCUGGCUACGGCUCUCCUCUGAUACGGGGUACAUACCCUCCCUGUUUGAAAGAAUCGGGGACGCGGAUCCGUACUUUAAGCAUGCAGUCGAUUAUGCACGCAAUGGAUUAGACCAGGCUGCGACCCCAUUGUCGCCUCCUGAUUCGCGUACCGAGGGUGGCUCUGAAGACCUUGAGAUAGAUACUAUGAGCCCGGAUACCGCGACAAACGUGUUUGAUGAGCUGUUUGCCAGUUGUCCGUCUGAUGUUGAUAUCACCGGGCUAGAGGUCCCGUUUUCGGAUGAGCUGCUGCUUGCAUUGGAGCCUGGAACAGUCACCUGA